CUCUCCAGCCCUCUCUCAAACUUCUCCCAUCACCCUCGUAAACAGCCUCGAGCUUCCGACGAACUGGUGAACUGAUGUCGACGGCUAUGGAUGCGGUUGCCUAUGCGAGAGUGAAGGAGCAAGUCGCGGAAGUGCAGAAAAGCUGGUGGUCGGCUGUAAUGGACUACGAGGAGGACGCUACACGUGUCGGAUUGAUCUUCGAGGACGUGAGUCCCAUGCAUAACGGAGAGGAUACGGAGACAUGGACUGCCGAAACCGUUUUCGCAACUGCGCAGGAGACCUUCGAUCGCGCGUUUCAGCGCUUUCGCGUCCAAGCCAACAGGAAGCAUCGUCAUCCCUUGAAGCCCGCGCUUAACUUUGACAUAAUCUACGAGCCUCAGGGAGUACCUGAACCACGUCGAAUUGCAUUCGGCGACGCGGCCAAGUACACCGUUCAGCAGGUCGUCGAACUAUGCGGGGGAAAACCGACGCUCACAUACGUCCGCGAAGACGGUCCGCACCCUGAACACGACAAGGGCCCCAUCGCACUUCCUCCAUGGGAUCGUACGCUCCCUUCUUGGUGUACCACUCCGUCCCAUUGGAUCGUACCGGCAAUACCACCCGGCUAUGGAAGGGAGCUUGGAACGAAGCUCGAUUACGAGGCGACCAUGUACGAAUGGCGCGCGGUUCCUACGCUCAUGCUUCCGGGACUUGGACAUACCAUCCUCCCUCAUACGACUACUCCUUCGCUUAUCGCCUCUCAUGUGAUGCUACUGGCAGCUUCUACGCCCUGGGGGCAUGCCUUCGUUUCACUCCGCGCAGAUGACCUCAAAAAGGACUAUGUCCAAACCGCCGACAAGCGCUCGCCGACGACACUCACAACGAGGGAAAUUCGCGCCAUCCUCUUGGGGCGUUACGUCCAGGUUUCCACUCGGACUCUUGUCCCGGAUGACGCGGAAGCCGACAACAAUGAUCGUGCUCGCAUAUCGCCGACGCAAGACAAGGUUGGUAUCGUCUGGGGCUACGAACCCUCGACACGUAUGCUGUACUGCGUGACACCCACGAAUGAGGAAUUCGUCGUCGACUUGUCUGUCACGAUCUCGAACGCUAGUGGCGCCACCCCCCAGCCGCCGAUGCCCCUUCGACCCGCAGGCAGAGAAGUCGUGCGGUGCGAAUGGAUCGGGCCAGUCACCAUCGAGCUUGACAGGAAGACAGGGACUCCAGGGCGUAUAGGAUAUGCCCGGUUAACAGCAUCCAUGAGCCAGGCCUUCGAUGAGUGGCGGGACAAAUAUAACGAGCUCGUCCAAGAGUUCAACCCCUCCGACCCCUUCGGCCUCGAGAUUAUCCCAAAUGACUGCUUGGUGAUUGGAAGCCUUGACAUCUCGGACCAUGUUAACUGGGGGCUGGAACACACCAUCGAAGAUCUUGAAACCGGCUCAUGGACGAUCAGUAACGUUAGCAGUUCCUGGGACGACGAGGAUGAGGACGAGUCCUCGCCGAAAGACUAUGCCCUUCGAGCUUCGCUGCAGCAUGCGGAUGUUGACGAGGGCGAACUCAGUGCCGUCGCCUGGGAGAACAUCGGCUCGUUCGGAGUAGACAGCACAUGGGUCAUUCAUAGCCUCCAUGAGCUCCAGAAGAUGGCUUUCGAGUCAGGAGAUCUGGACGGGGGCUUGGAAAACAUCGCGAUGUGGGCGGAGAAUUCUGCAUUGUUGCGAUGGCCCGGCGGUUUCAUAGGCAAGUUCACGUCCGAUCCUCCUAUAUCCACAUGCCUCACCGAGAUCUGUGCAGUCAACGAAGGCGAAUCCAUGCAUAAGUAUUAUAUCGCCGGGAAGAGAGUUAACGGCGUCUGGGUUCAGUUACGAGUCAUAAGUUGCGUGCUCCUCUGA